GAAACGCAGCGGUGCGACGUUCUGACUUGGCGGCCGAUGAAGUUUUGUGGACUUUCGGGACUGUUCGAAAGUUGCCGUCCAGUUCGUUCGGUCGCCGCGCGUCCCGUUCGGCCUCUUUGGACCCGCGACGCGAGCGCGAGAUUGUUCCGGGCCGGUUCGGCGGAAGCGGCCGAGUCCAAGCCCCUUUUUGCGAACGCGGGUCCGGGAAGCUCCCGGGGCUAAAGCUAACGCGGCGACGGCGUUGGAGUUGCCGACGUCACACGCCGUUGGCCGUUCGCCGGGCGCCGCGCCGGUUUCGCUUCGUCUUUUGGCUCGCCUUGACACGUCCGCCCGAGAGAUGGAGGGCCGCGCGAGCAGCUAGCGGGGGCCGGGGGGGUCGACGCAACCGCAACCGCCAGCGAAAGCGAGAGCGAGAGCGAGCUCACGAUGGCCUCGGCCGAGCCGUCGCUCAGCUUCAACCUCCUCCACCGAACGUGCAAGCUCGUGGUUCUGCUCUGCUUCCUGCACAUCUCCGUGACCGUCUUCUUCUACGUCCGCUCUCUGGACCUCCGCUUCGCCUUCGUCCAGAACCAGCAGACCCGCGCCGGGAGCGCCGCGAGUGCCGCGCCCGCCGCCAGCCGAGCCCCGGAACCCGAAACGCCGGACGACAAACGCUUGAAGACAUGUCCGCAAACGUCACCCCUGCUCGUGGGUCCUCUGCGGGUGGAGUUCAACAUCCCGGUGAGCCUGGACGCGGUCCGGAAGGCCAACCCCCAAGUGGGGCCGGGCGGCCGCUACAAGCCCAAAGACUGCGCGGCGCUGCAGAAGGUGGCCGUCGUCAUCCCCUUCCGCAAGCGGGACGAGCACCUCAAGUUCUGGCUCUACUACUUGCACCCCAUCCUGCAGCGCCAGCAGCUGGACUACGGCGUCUACGUCAUCAACCAGGACGGCGAGGAGAUCUUCAACCGAGCCAAACUGCUGAACGUGGGUUACGCGGAGGCCAUGAAGGAGUACGACUACGACUGCUUCGUCUUCAGCGACGUGGACUUGAUCCCCAUGGACGACCGCAACAUCUACAAGUGCUUCAGCCAGCCCCGCCACUUGUCCGUCUCCAUGGACAAGUUUGGAUUCAGGUUGCCGUACAAGCAGUACUUUGGCGGCGUGUCGUCCAUGAUGAAGGAGCAGUACCUGAGGAUCAACGGCUUCCCCAACAACUACUGGGGCUGGGGGGGCGAGGACGACGACAUCUACAACAGGCUGGCGUCCAAGGGCAUGACCAUCUCCAGGCCCAGCGGCGAGGUGGGCAGGUGCCGCAUGAUACGCCACGAGAGAGACAAACAGAACGAACCCAACCCUCAGCGGUUCGACCGCAUCGCUCACACCAGGGAGACGAUGAACAAGGACGGCAUCAAGUCGCUCUCCUACAAGCUGGUCUCCAAGGAGGCGCUGGCGCUUUACACCAAGAUCACGGUCGACAUCGGAAAGCCGUGAGGAGCGGCGACCCCGUGCCGGACUUUGCUUCGGCUGCGUACGAGUCGCCUUUGCUCAGUUACCGGUCCCCCUCCAUCGAUCCAACCCAAUCAAUCAGUCCAUCGGCCGUCUUUUUCCUCGUUUUGAGAUUUUGCUUGUGUGGCAGGCCUUUUUGAUUGCUUCGGCGCGUCUCGUUUUCAUUGGCAACGGCUCGUGGGUCAUGAAGGAAAACCUGGUUGGAUUGAUCAGCUUUAAGUGCUUUAAGUGUGUGUGUGUGUGUGUGUGAUGACUUGCGCUUGUCAUAUUGGCUCCGUUCACGCCGCUUGGCGUGAUACCCACGUCAGAUUUCUUUUGUUUUUGUUGUUGUUGAAUCCUCAUUUUUUUCUCAUGUGGUGGUUCACGCCGCACAAAGCGACUUGGAAUGUGAACGCCCACGAUGUGGCCCCCCCGCGCGCAACGCGCAAUUGGCUUUCGAUGACGUGCGGGCCAGAUGAGCGUCGCGUCCAUUUCGGGCGGCGCGUGAAAGAGGCCCGGGUCGCGUUUGAAUACGUCACACUGGCGUCCGAUUGUCGGCGCGGUGCGAACGGUCCGGGUCGCGCCCGGGACCAAAAAAACCAACGCGGGACCUGAGCCGCGGUGUGAACGGAGCCGACGACGAGCGUCGUUUAUUCCGAAGCUUUAAUCAUCUCGACGCGCGCGUUAGCCCGAUGGCGACGAGCCGCAUCGGUGACGAUCGAUCACCUCGAAUGUCUUCGAUGGCUUCCAAGUGUCCUUCCGCCCAGCGGCGCGACUGAUUGUCGAUCAGCUUUAAUUAAUCGUGUGUCUGCGUUUACUUGAACCUCUGCGCGUCGCCGGCCCCGCUUUCUCGACUUGAACGGAGGAGCCGAGCGACGCCGUUCGUUGUCACAAUCAUUGCACUUUUGUCACCGUUUUGAAGUGAAAUCCUGUUUUCUUCCAAAAUAAAAGCAUGGGAUCAACGUGA